UGUUGUGAGAGAAGAGAACCGAGAGAGAACUUGAGAGAUUGAGAUAUAUCGUGAGAAGUGAGAGAAAGAAUUUUGAAGAAGUAAUUCUGAAAAAAUAUACAAUGACCCAUGUUUAUUUUUGUGUUCCUAUUUUAUAUUUUUAAAAAGUAUAUUUUAACCUCGCUUUAUCCUAAUUACUAAUUAAUAACAAAUUUGACUUAAAUUGAUCAAAUUUAUCAGCAAUAUUAAUUUCAGCACUUAUUUGUUACCUUAGACUCAAUUUUCUCGUGAAUUCAUGAUCCCAAACCGAAACGGCACGCCUGCCAAAAUUGUCCAUCUGCAUAUCCCAAAGGAUCGUUUAAGACCAAUUCCCAAAAUAAGGGACGUUUGUUUUCAUUUUCCUAACAAACUUUAGUGUCAAAAGUGUAAUUUAGACUUUGUUUUUCCUCAACAAGGCGUAUUAGGUUUCAGAGCAGGGGCGACAUGGCGGCACCGGCAGAGUUGGCGGCGGGAGAUGGAGGCGAUGCAUCAAGGACGAGAAGUGUAAGGAUAUAUGUUGGCGGCUUAGGCGAAGUUGUGACAGCUGAUGAUUUGAAGAAGACAUUCUCAACACCACAACUCGGGAAAGUUGAAUCGAUGGACAUCGUUCGUACCAAAGACCGCAGCUUUGCUUACUUGGAUUUACUUCCUUCUUCAGAUAAAUCGCUACCCAAGCUUUUCAGCACAUAUAACGGAUGCAUGUGGAAAGGUGGGAGACUAAGACUAGAAAAGGCAAAGGAACAUUUUUUUCUUCGUCUGAAACGUGAGUGGGAAGAAGAUGCUGCACUUGCCACUUCUUCAACCCAUCUUCCCGUUACUGCAGCUGAAAUGACGAACUCCCUGAAAAGUCAGAAGAAAGGCUCCAAGUUGGAUGGGUUAUCAAAAAACGGCUCCAAGUUGGAUGAAGCGCAGAUUCGGAUUUACUUCCCAAAGUUAGGAAAGAUAAAAUCAGUGUCUCUUAGAGGAACUGGCAAACACAAAUACAGUUUUCAGCGAGUGGAAGUUCCUUCUUUACCUAUCCAUUUUUGUGAUUGUGAAGAGCACUCUGGUCCUCCGUAUGCUGCCAAACCAGAAUCACUUAGUAAUUAUGACUCUAAGGAUGGUGGAAUGGAUGAGAAAGAGCUGAACAUUAUGAAUUCAGUGUUGAACAGAAUCUUUGAGAGGGAGAACUACUCUGAGCAAGCUCCUAGGGAUUUUGAAUCAACUAAGGAAGUUCGAAGCUCAAAUGUUACAGUUGAUCGUUUGCAGAAUGACAAGAAUCUCGUCAACCAUGAAAUGGGAGAUGAUGAUAACCUCAUUCUCAAUGUGGUGGCUGGUGCAAAUGAUAGAACCACUAUGGUAAAAGAUCUAGUCCAGGAAGCAAUUACAGCUGCUCAGGUUAAUGAGGAUUUUGUCGACCAAGAAAUGGAUGGCGAUGAUGAUAACCUAAUCAUCAAUGUGGUGGCCGGUAAAAAUGAUAAAACCACUAUGUUCAAAGAUCCAACCCAGGAAGCAAUCACAGCUAUUCAGAAUUCGUCAUCCUGGAAAUCACUAGUUGCUACAGAUAAACAAAAGCUAGGAAGGAAGAUGUCCUCAAACAGAAAGCGAAAAGCACCUUCAGAGGAUGAAGAUGAUGAGGCACAUACUUCGAUAUCUAAACCUGAAGCAAAGCAGAGUUUGGACGCUCUUAUAUGUGAUAGAACAGAUGUGUGUCCUACAGAAUUCAAACUAGGCAGUCAAUCAUCAAAGAGAAGUGCCAAAGUCCCAAAGAAGUCUCCAUGGAAAGAUCUUGUUAGUGCGAGUAGUGGUGCUACAUUCAGUGUAUUGGAUAUUUUGCCUAGUGCUAUUCCUGGUAAAGAGAUGCAGUCUGGCUCUGAUUGUGUUAGUGAGUCCAACUUCUCUGGCAAAGAAGAUGAAGUAUCAAACGACGAGAAAGUAUUAGAUCAGCAUGAAGAGUUGGAUAAAGUUGAAUCUGAAGAUGAAGUAUCUAAAGAUGAGAAAGUAUCAGAUCAGCAUGAAGAGCUGGAUAAAGUUGAAUCUGAAGAUGACGUAUCUAACUAUGAGGAAGUAUCAGAUCAGCAUGAAGAGCUUGAUAAAGUUGUAUCUGAAGAUGAAAUAUCAGAAGAUGAGAAAGUAUCAAAUCAGCGUGAAGAGCUGGAUAAAAUUGUUGAAGAUCCAACUGACAAUUUUGAUGGCAUCAGAGGUGCUGCGUGGCGACAAAAAUCCUCAUGGAUAGAAUUGGUUAGUGAUGCCACGAGAAGUUCGUUCAGCAUUUCGCAAAUUUUUCCUGGUCCAAGUCUUCCAAAACGAGAUUUGCCAGUGAUGGGAGAGACUGGAAAAGCACAAAAAUCUAACAGCAAAGAUCAAAGUGAUUCCCAAGAUGUUUCUACAUCUCACGAAGGAACCAAAGCUGAUCCCCUUAGUGCCCUUGGAACUUGCAAUGGGAGUGUUGUCAUAGUAGAGGAGCAGAAUAAUGCUCAUUUCAGUAAAGAACUUCCAAUGUUGGACAAUUAUCCGCAGAAAGGAAAUAUGAAGUAUGAAGCCAAUGCUCCAACUCCCAAAAAGGAACACCAAUCUGCACCAAAACAAACAUUUGUAGGAGAUACUAACUACAGCGAAACUUGUUCUUUCAUGAGGAGUGCUGCUUCAAUGAAAGAGUGGACGAAAGCAAAAGCAGCACUAAGUGGGUCACUUAAGAAGAAGGCUGGUGAGAAAAAGUAGCGGAGACUUCAGAGUAGCUUCAUGUUGCAUGGACAAUGCACUCCUUUUUCAUUUAGUUGUGUCAUUCUUGAAUCUGUAGUUUCAUUUAGUUGUGCCAAUGCUUGGACGUGCAUCCUCACGAUUGGUCUCUAUUUACAACAUCAGCGAAUCAAUACCGAGAUCACUUGUCUUGAAUAUUGUAGUCUGUUAUUUUUCUUUUAUGAAAGUUUUGAUUUUAACGUUAAA